AUGGCUUCCGUGUCAACUGCCGAUAGCACACGGGCUUCCCGGCCGAGUAAAAACGACGACACGGCCCCGGCCCGAGAGAGCAGCGUGACUCGAGAUGAACGUAGCUUCGAUGCCGAAAAACCCCAACAAUCAUUUGGGGAAAAGUCCGAGAACCCCCCGAAUGGAGGUUUUUUCAAGGACGAACCCGAUCGGGAUCUCGAGGCCGAGGGCACCGGGAGCCAUGAUGACUCGGCGGCAGCAAACGGCUGCAAGCAACCAGAGUAUACCCCUGACGGGAAGCGCAUCAUCACCGAGGACGAAUGCUACUACCUUUUGGGCUACUCUUGGCCAGCAUGGAAGAAGUGGAUGCUUCUUUCCUCUAUCUUCGCUGUUCAGGUCUCAAUGAAUUUCAACACCAGUGUUUUCCCGAGCGCCGUCACUCCCAUAAGCGAGGCUUUCCACGUCAGUGAGCAGGCCGCCCGUACCGGCCAGUGUGCCUUUCUCGUCCUCUACGCUUUCGGUUGUGAGCUUUGGGCGCCUUGGAGUGAGGAGUUUGGAAGAUGGAAAAUCUUGCAAUGCUCAUUGUUCUUGGUCAACAUCUGGCAGAUUCUUGCUGCUCUAGCUCCCAACUUUGGUAGUAUUGUCGUCGCCCGAGGACUGGGCGGUAUUAGCUCAGCCGGUGGCAGUGUCACCCUCGGGAUGGUUGCCGAUCUCUACCAGCCAGAGGAACAACAAUGGGCCGUUCUCUUCGUCGUGCUGUCUUCCGUAUUCGGUACCUCAGUCGGCCCCGUUGUCGGUGGCCCGAUCCAGAAGUUUCUUCCAUGGUACUGGAAUUUCUGGAUUCAGCUCAUCUUCGGCGCCACUGUCCAGUUCAUCCACUUCUUCAUGCCCGAAAGCCGCGCCACCAUCAUCAUGGACAGGGAAGCCAAGCGACGCCGUAAGUCCGGCGAAGACACCAACAUCUACGGGCCCAACGAGGUCAAGAAGCCCCGACUUUCCAUGCAUGAGUUUGCAAUCACAUGGGUGCGCCCUUUCGAGAUGUUCGUCCGCGAGCCCAUCGUCCUGUCGUGCUCCCUGCUGUCAGGAUUCUCCGACGCUCUGAUUUUUACCUUCCAAGAAGGAUUCACUCCUGUGUUCAACAAGUGGGGGUUCGGGACUCUUCAAAAGGCCUGGGCUUUCAUUCCCAUCAACAUUGGAUAUGUUCUGGCAUACGUCUCUUACAUUCCUUGGAUCAUAAGAGACCACCGUAUCACUAGAACCAAGGGGCCUGACGCGCUGGCCCCUGAGCGCCGUCUCCAAUGGCUGUUGUAUCUCGCUCCCCUGGAGACAAUUGGUCUCUUUGGCUUUGCUUGGACGUCCAUGGGACCUCCCGAGUCUCAUUGGAUCGCCCCCAUGAUCUUUUCUUGCCUGAUCGCCAUUGCCAACUUUGCCAUUUAUAUGAGCACGGUUGACUACAUGAUUGCGGCCUAUGGACCGUACUCUGCUUCGGCUACUGGCGGCAAUGGAUUUGCUCGAGACUUCCUCGCCGGUAUUGCCGCCAUGUACUCGACGCCUCUGUACGAGAACGUUGGCGAUUCGCGCCACACCGAGUAUGCAAGCACCGUCCUGGCCUGUCUUGCGCUUUUGGUUACGAUUCCAGUGUAUCUCAUUUACUGGAAGGGACCCGUUAUCCGAGAGCGGUCCAAGUUUGCCCAGUCUCUCAAUCAAGACCGACGCGCCAAGGGCGGCCGUCGCGUUGUGUCAGCUCCCGAAGACCAGCUUGAGCCCAAGGACCUCUAA